AUGAAAUCCUCAGUGACACGGAUGGGCUUAGUCGCCAGUCUGGUGGCCAGCGCCGCAGCGCAGGACUACAAUGAGCCACCACCAGACCUGUCCACCCUCCCCAGCGGCUCACUGUUUGAGACCUGGAGGCCCAAAAUCCAUGUCCUCCCACCGGCUGGACAGAUUGGCGAUCCUUGUGCACAUUUCCCUGAUCCUGAAACCGGCCUGUUUCAUGUCGGGUUCCUACACAAUGGAACUGGGAUUUCGGCUGUCCAGACGGCCGACCUGGUUUACUAUUACGAUGUGAACCCGGGAGGUGGCUACACCAUCGUUGCUGGGGGUGCCAAUGACCCCGUGGCAGUUUUUGAUGGCUCGGUUAUUCCAAUUGGCGUCGAUGAUAAGCCUACACUGUUCUAUACCUCUGUGUCCUCACUCCCGAUCCAUUGGACGCUUCCCUACACUCGUGGCAGCGAGUCACAAUCUCUAGCUGUCACCUACGACCAGGGGCACAGCUUUACCAAGUUGGAUCAGCCGCCCGUCAUUCCCGAACCUCCUGCUGGGUUAGAUGUUACUGGUUUUCGCGAUCCGUAUGUUUUCCAGAGUGGACCAUUGGAUAGCACUCUCGACAGCGCCGACGGGACUUGGUAUGCGGUCGUCUCGGGGGGCGUCCAUGAUGUCGGGCCCGGAGUGUUCCUUUACCGAAACGAGAACCCCGACUUCGACGAGUGGGACUACCUCGGCGAGUGGUGGCAGGAGCCAGCUAACUCGACCUGGGGCGAUGGCUACUGGGCCAAGCGCUGGGGUUACAACUUCGAGACGGUGAACUUUUUAGGUCUCGAUGAAAUGGGAUAUAACCCUGACGGCGAGACUUUCGCGACACUGGGCGUGGAGGGUGCGUAUGCUCCUAUCCAACCAUCGGUCACUUCCAUGCACGCCCAGUUGUGGGCGGCAGGCAGCAUCUCAACAAGCGAUGACGGCAAUGUGACUUUCACUCCAAGCAUGGCCGGUGCCUUGGAUUGGGGUCAAGCAGCCUAUGCGGGGGCAGGAAAGGUCCUGCCGAAGGAUACCCAGCCAUCACAGCAGAGUGGCGCGCCAGACCGCUUCAUCUCAUAUAUCUGGUUAAAUCAGGACGAGUUCGGAGCAGCAACAGGCUUCCCUGAUGCCCAGCAGGGAUGGCACAACGCCCUCCUGCUCCCACGCGAGCUGAGUGUAAAGAUCAUCCCGGAUGUGGUGAACAAUGAGCUCGUGCAAGAAGAGGAGGCUUCCUGGCUUGUAAAGGACGGAUCUGAUGGCCACUGUGUUGAGCUCCAGACGCUCGGGAUUGACAUUGCGAGAGAAACAUACGCGGCAAUGACGCAGACUGAUUCCUUUACUGAAGAUGAGCGUACGCUCGCAGACUUCGCCAUUAUUCCCUUUGAACAGUCGCCUUCUUCCAGAUUCUUCGUCCUCGAGGCGCAGCUGUCCUUCCCGUCGUCGGCGCGAGACUCGGAACUUCAAUCCGGCUUCCAAAUCCUGUCAUCUGAUGAGGAGUAUACUACGAUAUACUACCAAUUCUCGAAUGAAUCUAUUAUUAUCGAUCGCAGUCACACGAGUGCCGCAUCUGAAACUACGUCUGGAAUGGGUACUUCCCCCGAAGCUGGACGUUUGCGGUUGUUCGAUAUUUGUGGCGAGCAUUGCAAAUGCAAGCAUAAGAAAUGCUCCCACCACGACGGCGAAAAGUCGGAUCAUCAUGAUGAGCAUAUGGAAACGUUGGAUCUCACUAUUGUGGUUGACAACUCCAUGCUCGAGGUGUAUGCUAAUUCGCGAUUUGCGCUCUCUACUUGGGUUCGGCCUUGGUACAGUUAUUCGAAUGAGAUUAGCUUCUUCCAUAAUGGGGAGGAAGAGGUGACGUUCAGCAAUAUCAGAAUAUUUGAUGGUUUGUAUGAUGCUUACCCCGAGCGCGAGAGGUAA